ACAAGGUACACUUUAAUUUAGUGACCGGUAAUAAUAGACUUUAAAUAGAAUACAGCUACUUUUCAACUCACUCAAUUAUUGCCUCUCUCCAUUCAAUCUCAACCAUGUCUUCCACACUCUCUCAGGGUAAGCUGAAAACAUCUUUCUUCUUCAAGUUUGGAUUGUUCAUUUUGUUGCAGACUAGUUAUGCAAGCUCGUUUAAGAAGGUGGAAGCUUCGGCGUUGCCUUUCAACAUCUUGGACACGAACAAUAAAAGAGUAGUCGAUGUAGGGCAUGGUGGCAAGUUUCCAGUGACCCCUUUAGUGCUCGAACACGCCUUGAGGCCUCCCACGAAUCUAUACACGGCUGAUGCACCUCAUACAGCCCCCGUUCUCUCUGUCGAGAAGAUUACCGGUGAAAACGCUUCUACAGAGAUUUACCACAUCGUAUUUGAUCAUGGUCGCUUUCUUCCUCACUGGGAGGGACAAGUUUUCGGUGUAAUGCCCGCGCUCAAAAAUCCUUUCGAUAUUGGAAAUUCGUCAAACAUUAGAUACUUUUCCGCAGCUUCUUCAAGAUAUGGAGAUACGUUUAAUGGUAUAACAGCAAGCUUAUGUGUGAGUCUUGUCGUUGGUAGCACUAGUGAAGUUUUGUGCAAAUCAAAGCCUGGAGAUAAAUUUCAAUUUACAGGUCCCUCUGGCGAGGCAAUGCUUUUGGGAGAUCGUAAUAACCCUAAGGCAACUCACAUAUUUAUCGCUACUACGACUGGUAUUGCUCCAUUUAGAGCCCAUCUCCGUCGUUUUUUCAACGAAGAUAUUCCAACAUACAAAUUCUCUGGGUAUGCAUGGCUAUUCUAUGGAGUGUCUAACAACGACAGUGUACUCUACAGAGAUGAAUUUGAGCAAUAUGAAAAGAACUACCCAGAAAACUUUCGGUAUGACAUAGCGUUGACCAGUGGAGAAGAAUAUGUUCAGGACAUUGUUGCAGAGUACGCUAGUGAGGUGUUUGAGUUGUUGAUGAAGGGAGCCUACAUAUACUUGAGUGGGACUAAGAAAAUGGUGACACCGAUUGAAACUGCUUUGAACAACACUGCCAGUAGUAAUGGCAAAGAUUGGGAUGAAAUUCUUGCCAUGUUGAAGAUGAACAACCAAUGGCGUGUUUCAGUCUACUGAAGUUGUUAUCAUGUGUUUCUUCUCUCUUCAUCGAAAAAAGAAGUGUUGUAUUACAUGUAUUUAUAUGUCUCAUAAGUACAAUGUAGUAAUUGUACUGAAUAAUCAUGAAGAGAUGUCACGGGGACUAAUAAUAUUAUAGUAAAAUUACUAUUUAUUGAGUUCAAAAUGCUAA